CAAACCUACAGCUCCUCCCAAGCUCGUCUGAGAGGUUCAGAACAUCAACAUGGAAAACUGUGUUGAUAUCAAGAUAGAAACCAUGGGGGAAAGAAUGCCAGUGAAGCAGAAUCCACUGAGCACUGGUGGGAAGAGUUUCUGCAGAGCUGUGGGUUACCUCACUGGAGACAUGAAGGAUUUUGGAACCUGGCUGAAAGACAAACCCCUCGUGAUCCAGCUCCUUGACUGGGUGCUGCGUGGGAUAUCCCAGGUGAUGUUUGUCAACAACCCCCUCACUGGGCUGGUCAUUCUGACUGGGCUCCUGAUGCAGAACCCAUGGUGGACACUCACAGGAUGCGUGGGAACACUUGUCUCAACUUUAACAGCACUUAUUCUGGGUCAGGACAGAUCAGCCAUAGCAGCAGGACUGUACGGAUACAACGGGGUCCUGGUGGGAUUGCUGAUGGCUGUCUUCUCUGCUGAUGAAGACUACAACUGGUGGCUCCUCCUGCCUGUGGCACUGGUGUCCAUGACCUGCCCUAUUUUCACCAGUGCUUUAAGUGCAGUUUUCUCUAAGUGGGACCUGCCUGUUCUCACCCUGCCUUUCAACUUGGCCUUGACCCUCUACCUGGCUGCUGCAGGACCACACAACCUCUUCUUCCCCACGACUGUGAUUCGUCCUGCAAUGGGAACACCGAACAUCACCUGGGCAGAUGCUGAAAUCACCAUGCUCCUGCAAUCCAUCCCAGUCGGCGUGGGCCAGGUUUAUGGUUGUGACAACCCCUGGACUGGGGGAAUUUUCCUGAUUGGUUUAUUUAUCUCCUCUCCACUCCUUUGUGUCCACACAGUGAUCGGCUCAGCAGCGGGGAUACUGGCAGGGCUAAGCUUAGCAACACCGUUUAACCAAAUCUACUUGGGGCUGUGGGGCUACAACAGCGCCCUGUCCUGCGCUGCCAUCGGGGGCAUGUUCCUGGCUCUCACCUGGCAGGCACACCUCCUGGCCAUGGCCUGUGCACUCUUCAGUGCCUACCUGGGAGCAGCAGUGACCCACAUGUUGUCUGUGUUUGGGGUGCCAUCUGGAACCUGGCCCUUUUGCUUGUCUGCCCUGACCUUCCUGCUAAUGACCUCAAACCACUCUGGGAUCUGCAGGCUGCCACUCUCCAAAGUCACCUACCCAGAAGCCAACAGAGCUUAUUACCUGAUGAUGAAGAGACAUGAGAAGUCUUGCUGUGAGGCAUAGAGACCCAAGAAGAGAGAAACUCAGCUCAUUUCAAGGCAAGAGCACGAGGUAUUUGCCCAACAGAAUGUGAUUUGUCUGCUACAAUGUCCAACACCACUUCUGCGUGGAGAAACUUUUCCCACCACAUCUAUUUGUUCUAUUCAGGAGAUUUCUAUUAGGUAGGACUGGGCUGUGCUGGAAUGACCAUUUCCCAGUAUCAACCUGUUAUGAUUUCAAAGCACACAUGUCUGAAAAGAUACUUGAAUUAUAAGCAAUGGGAAAAUUACUUACAAGCUGAAAAGAAAAAUCUUUCUGUGAAAUUGAAGACACCGAAAUCAAAUGUAAAGAAAUAAAGAGCAUCUUUCAGCAUAUGAGGGGACUUCAAAUUAAUGGCUAAAUAUCUUAUGACAGCAAUAGGAGGCAUGCUAGAGAGUUUCAUUGUAGCAGAGAAAUGAAAUAAAGAGCACUCCUUGCCAAGUAGAAAAUAGGUUGUGAAGAAUUCCACCUGGAGAACCUCUCAAACCCCAUGGAGGGAGAUGUUCAUUAGCAAUCAACAAACAUAAGAUAGACAUGAUUUUUGUGAUUUUGGUGUUAAUCUCAUGAUUUCUUCUAAUACUUGAACUUGGUGAUGGGUUAGCAAAGUAGGGGGCAGCAAGAAACUCAUUGCUGUCCCUUUCCUAUGCAAUAAAAGGGCUCUGUUCUGUCAGUACACAAAUAGAUCUCAUUUGAGCUGAACUUCUGAAUUCCUCUCCCUACACUGUCCCACUCAGCCCAGAAAUAUCAAACAGCAAAAUGUGGCACUGUCCCAGCCUGCUGCUGAAGCUCAGGAGGCUCAUGGGGACCUUGUGGCUCUGCAGAGCUCCCUGACAGGAGGGGACAGCCAGGGACAACUCCAAGGGAACGGGGACAGGAGGAAAGGGGAUGGCCUCAAG